AUUCUUGCCAUAAUACUACUAUGAGACGCAGUCCCAUCUCCUAAUACCCCAUGUGUAACUUAAUUUUUUUGUCUUUUUGCUCUUUAUAUUCCCUAUAAUACCUUCUCUUUCACCUUCAAAAUUUUUUCUCAAUUUUUCCAUCAGAUCUUAUAAUAAUUGGGCGUUAAGUCAUUGCUUGGUUAGUACAGUGGACUUUUGAAGAUAGCUAAGUCAUUGUUAUUCAAUUAACAAGAUGGAAGCAAAUAGUUCUCAUGAUGCCCACACUAUUGAAAUCCAAAGAGAUUCUGAUCUUCACAAGAGACGAUUGGGAACAGGAAGUAAGUUUUGUGGGGAAGUACAUUGUGAAUUUGAAAAUGCUGGAACAAACUCGGCGGAUGCUGCAGAGAGAUCAACUUCUAUGCGAAAGCUUGUUAUAGCUGUCGUUUUGUGUGUUAUAUUUAUGACCAUUGAAGUUAUUGGUGGGAUCAAGGCCAACAGUCUUGCAAUUUUAACUGACGCUGCUCAUUUGCUCUCCGAUGUUGCAGCUUUUGCUAUUUCUUUGUUUUCUUUAUGGGCUGCGGGCUGGGAAUCGACUCCUCGUCAGUCCUACGGGUUUCUCAGGGUCGAGAUAUUGGGUGCUCUUGUCUCCAUUCAGCUUAUAUGGCUUUUAGCAGGUAUUCUGGUUUAUGAAGCUGUACAGAGGAUCAUAAACGAGACUGGUGAGGUUAAUGGCUUCCUAAUGUUCGUGGUUUCUGCAUUUGGUCUGAUUGUUAACAUAAUUAUGGCCCUCGUAUUGGGUCAUGAUCACAGUCAUCAUGGUCAUAGUCACGGACACGGACACGGACAUGGACACGGACACGGACACGGACAUGAGCACGGGCAUGGACACGGAGACAUUGAGCACAAUAGUCAUACCCACAGCCAUGGAGUGAUUGUAACUGCAAGCCCCCGCCAUAUGGAAGAGAAUCAUCAUGAACAUGAUCAUCAUCAUGAACAUGAUCAUCAUCAAAAUACGCCGUUGUUAAAGAAUUCCCAAUGUGACGAUGAACACAACAAAAAGGAUGGACAUGGGAAGAAGAAGAAGAGGAAUAUAAAUGUUCAAGGUGCUUAUCUACACGUUCUCGGUGAUUCAAUCCAAAGUAUUGGUGUUAUGAUUGGAGGAGGAAUUAUAUGGUAUAAACCAGAGUGGAAGAUAGUUGAUCUUAUCUGCACCCUCGUCUUUUCCGUUGUCGUUCUGGGAACGACUAUCAAAAUGCUAAGAGACAUACUCGAAGUCCUGAUGGAAAGCACACCGAGAGAGAUCGAUGCAACCAAGCUUCAAACAGGUUUGCUACAAAUGGAAGAAGUAGUAGCUGUCCACGAGCUUCAUAUAUGGGCUAUCACAGUAGGAAAGAUUCUGUUGGCUUGCCAUGUCAAAGUUGCACCUGAAGCUGACGCGGAUCAUGUAUUAGACAAAGUUAUCGAUUACAUCCGAAGGGAGUACAACAUCAGUCAUGUUACUAUACAAAUCGAACGUUGAGCAGCAUCAUGAUCGUCUCUGAAUUCUUUGGCUACAGUUUAAUUUCUAGUUUUAGGUCUGUUUCUUAAUUAGCUAGUAAUUAACUGAUUUUAGUUGUUCUUUGAAAAGCAGAAUAUUCUGCCCAGUUUGUUGGCUAUUGUGCCUGCUAUUGCUAGACAUAAAUCAUCCCUUUUCCCUUGGGAAGUUGCCUCAUUUUGAACAUUUGAAUGGGAAAAUUUUUUGCUUGCUUAUUAUGUGCUCUUCAAUGGAGUUUGGCCAUAUAAGCUAUAUUCCCACAGUUUAUAUGUAAUCAAUCUGGAAAUUUCCUUGAAAAUUGUUAUUUGUUAAUCAAAGCUAAGAUGUUUUUAUGUGUA